UUCAAACUCCUCCUACCGAGAAAUUGAAUUCUGUCAGUAAAAAUGCGUCCCUUGACAGAAACCGAAACAAAAACACUAUUUGAGAAGCUUGCCACAUACUGCGGUAAAGGCAUCUCAAAUCUCAUCGCAGACCCAACCUCCAAGUCAGACCGUCUUGUCUUCCGCAUCCAGAAUUCCCGUGUGUAUUAUGUGCGCGAGUCUCUAGCCAACCUAGCCACCUCUGUCCGCCGCGACGCUCUCCUCUCACUCGGCACCUGUUUAGGGAAGUUCACCAAGACUGGAAAAUUCCGAUUACAUAUCACCGCUCUCUCUAUUAUUGCUCCUCAUGCUCGGUAUAAAGUCUGGGUCAAGCCAAAUGGAGAAAUGCCGUUCCUGUACGGUGGGAAUGUUCUGAAGGCGCAUGUUGGGCGAUGGAGUGAAGACUGUCCUGAACACCAAGGUGUUGUAGUGCUGAGCAUGAACGAUACACCUCUUGGCUUUGGUGUCAGCGCGAGAUCAACAGCAGAAGCCCGACGCUUAGACCCAACUGGUAUCGUUACGUUCAGACAGGCGGAUAUUGGAGAGUACCUAAGAGAGGAAGAUACAUUGUUCACGACCUGAGAAUCAAGACAUGUAUGCGAAUGAGCAGCUCCAAGGCUAGUUUUGUGGGCUGCAGGAAAGAGUAGGAACUAAGUGGCCACAAUGCUUUCUCGUGCCCUGCACUAAAACUUCGGGGAAUCCAAACAUGCAAACAUGCACACCAAAUCAAUCCGUUAUGUACCUUAAUAUGGUUCAGCAGGUGCGAAUACCCGAGCCGCGGGAGUAAUUCUGGUCCUGUCACAUUGAUGAAGGGCGAUGCAUGGGAGUCACUGUCGUCUUUCAAGUCGAUGCUUGUUUUACGAUUGGGUGGCUUCUUGUUUAGACUUUUCGUUAGGGGAAUGAGGCCACGGUAGC